AUAAGAAUCCGGUCACCGCGAGUACAUACACGGAGGGGAACGUAGGUCCGAUUGGUUACAGUACCGCUUCAACCCUCUAUUAGUAGACUCGCAUCCUCAAUUUCAGCCCAGGAUCAGUAAAUAUGAGCUCACGGAGAUUCGAGUUCCACUUGCGCAUGGCACUGCGCCAUGAGUAUUGCUUGAGGACGUCACAAUUUCGCCCAAAUGCUAAUUGCCUUGCGGUCUAGGUCAGGUACUAGUGUGGAUCAUUUAUAAGAAUCUGGUAGUACAUACACGAAGGGUCCCACUAGUAGAUCGACGGGGUUCGCUUGAUUACAGGACCCGCUUCAACCCUCUAUUAGCGCCCAAAUCCCUUUGUGCUAGACCUCGCUGCCGAGCAUGCACUGUUCACUCGUUUUCGUUUUUCUGCUAGCCUUUGGUUUCUGUGCCGCACAGAACUAUACCCUUCCUCAAUGUGCACAACUCUGCGCAGGGACAGCUGCAACGGCAGCUGGUUGCUAUUCAUACUCAAAUGCCACAUGUGUCUGCGCCUCCCAGCCAUUUCAGUCAGCCAUCCAGUCAUGCUUCAACACGAGCUGCAAUGCGACAACCCAAGGCACUGCCUGGGCAUAUUACAGCGACUUGUGCACUGACGACACCAACGGUUCCACGUCGGCCAGUUCCGAUACAAGUACAUCCUCAGGCCAGUCUACAGCUGCCGUCAGUACUAGUACUGCACCGGGUACUGUAACCUCGCAUACGUCGUCAACCCAAACGUCCUCAUUGACAUCCGCCGGGUCGACGAGUGUUUCGUCUACUACAACCUCUGCUAGCCAAACUCCGACGUCAACUUCUGGAGCACUUGCGACUGAUAUCAAGAUGCUACGUGGCUUUGUGGCGAUUGUUGGUUGCGCUUUGAUCUUGUGAGGAUGCGGGUUGACUGCGGGACCAUAUUUUGUCGAGUUCUGUGACACGUUGGUUGAAAAGAUGUCGA